CGCAAUGGCUGCACUCAUAGCAUUAUGUAGAGAUUGUUAGGGGAAGCAGCGCUGCCCCACGCGAACUUGAGCACUCGCGUUGCCUCCCCAGCGGCGCUAUCGGUCUGAACAGAAGCUCAUUUGGUCCUUUCGAGCAUGCUCUAAUUAGCCCUACCUCAGCAGCGGCUGCCAGAGCUUGUUAUAUGGGUAAGUCCGCAAGCGCUGUUCCUGAGCUCCACCGAACACGGACGCCGCUAUCCAGGUAAGAUAUUGAACUUUGUAAACAGCUUUAUAUCUCUUGCAAAAGUUGUGGGGUAGGUGAGAGGGAAAGAAGCAGCUUUUUGCCUGAAAAUAGGUACUCGAAUGUUGCUGAGGGAUGCGCGGUUACGCAGACGAGAAAGAAUACUAUGUGACGGUUUGUGAGCAAGUUAGCGGCGUCGCACGAAAUGUCACAGUGUGCAGUGGUACUACCGCUAAUGUUGUCGUGUCAAAACUCAGGCCCGCCCCUGGCCGCCUUCAGCCUAAUAUCGAAAGAAGACAAUGCGUACAGCGCUUGGCACAACGUUUGGCACAGAGCGGCAAGCACCAUUCAAAAGCGCCAGAAACCGAGCAAGCAGCACGACGUUCGUGCGGAAGGCCUGCCCGAUGUUUGGAGCAAUUGGAAAUCCAAUUCUUGCAAAUAUGGAAUAGCCUCGGCCGUUCGAUUUCCGCGCGUGUAACGGCCCCUCGUCAGACAACCCGCGUCGGACGGACGGCCCCGCCCGCCUCGUGAAUUCCGUUCUCGUGGAACUUACUUGAAGGCUUAGGACCGGCGCGGCCGACCCGGUCCCAGUCGAUUCCCAGCAGUGGCAGUGGCGUUGGCGGCGGUGGUGCCAGCAGGGUGGCCACUGCAGCUUCUGCCAUGAACACGCCGGGUCCUGGAGUCGUGCCCCUCUGCCAGCGCUUGAGUACGACCAACACAGCCGUGGUGGGUAGCUUGGCUAAUGGCGUCAGUCUUCCUAUGCAGCAGUGGUGGUGCCCGCCCCAGGUGCCGGUGCUGGCGCCCACCAGCUCUGGCGGCUCGGGCGCCACUGGUUGUGCAGCAGGCGGCAGUAGUUGUACAGGGGCGGGCGAGGCGGCUGGUGCCAGUGCCGUAAAGCGGCGGGCCGCGGAGCAGGAGCAGCGGGCGCCAGCAGCUGCCAAGCGGCGUUAGAGGCAGCCAGGCAGGCUAGAGAGAAGACGCUGCGUUAGUUCAAGUUUAGAGUCAGAGUCAGGGUCAGAUAGAGUCAGGGUC